AUGAAAGAGAAAAUAGAAGCCCUCGCAUCCAAGGAAGAUGUAAAGGCGUUUAUCGAGGCGCUGAUGGUGCAGAUGUUUGAGAAAUUACGCUUCCUUGAAAACACCAUUCAAAUUUCAUCUGCCGUCAAUCAUGCAGCGAAUGCCUUAAUGGAAGACAUCUUGGUAGCUGGGGGCAAGGACAUUCAUGGUAAUGCUUUAAAAUCUGUCGAGAGAUUUUCGUGGAAGAAUAAUGUCUGGGAAAGAGUGUCCUCAAUGAACGAUGGUCGAAUAGGAGCAACGUCGUUUGUUUACGAGAAUCAAGUAUUUGUCGCUGGCGGAUGUGAUAGUCGUGUAAUUGAGGUAUUAAAUUUGAACGAAGGUCUGCUGCAAUGUAAUGAAUCUAUGGCCAAAGUUCCUUACCAUUGUAAAUACCUCAGCUCUGUGGUUUACCAGAACCGGGCAGUUCUGUUUUGUACAUGCGGUGCGACUGAUUAUUGCGCAGAACUUUGUCUCACUGCACCUCACACAUGUAAGCAGUUGUGUAAAAUGCCUGAACCGGCAAGGAAAAAUUAUACCGUGGUUGCACUUGAGCACAAAGUCUUGAUUUUUGGAGGAUUAUAUAGUGCUAGCAAUGAUGAUUUUCUUGAUAGUGUGUUACAGUUUGACAUUGGUACGAAUUACGAAUUUAAAGAAAUGCCUCCAUUGCCCUGUGCUCUAUAUGGUAUGGCAGGUGUUCGUUGGGGGGAUCAAGCAAUUUUGAUUGGAGGCUCGGAUAAAGAUGGCCAAUCGAAAAAGGUUUAUAUGUACAAUUCCAAAACGGGCAACACAAUUGGAUUGCCAUCUAUGUUAGAAGAAAGAUCUGGAUGUUGUGCGGUUAUUACUGGCAAUACAAUUGUUGUGAUGGGUGGACGCGGAAAGACAACCGGUCGUGUUAGAUCUGUUGAAGCUUUCACUUUGGGAGGUUAUUCCUGGAGAUAUCUUCCUGCCAUGAACGACAUUAGAAGUGUCGCCACUGCAACUGUUUUACCAACGAAAAACUUUCAUUGA